AUGGUGGUUCAAAAUUUACUUUCCCUUACAGGUAAAUCCCUGUGUCUAGCUCAAAUCAUCCUAGUUGUCGCCCCGGCUUUUAUUGUUUUCGGAUACAACCAAGCUGGAGUUGGUCCUCUGGCAACCCUUCAGAGCUGGGUUCAUAUGUUUCCUCAGAUCGAUUCAAUCAACACUACAGGUGCCGUGAAAGCGAAAAACUCUACAGGAAAGGGUGCUGUCAUUGGCUCCUUUCAGAUUGGUGCCUUGAUCGGUGCACUCUCUUGCACCUUCUUGUCUGAGCGUCUUGGACGACGAAAGACGAUCUUUAUUGGCUCCAUCCUGACAAUUAUCGGCGAACUUCUUCAAGUCUCAGCGUACUCACUUAUACAAUUCACAGUCGGUCGAGUUAUCCUGGGUAUGGGUGUUGGUCAGUUCAGUGUUGCAGUUCCUGUUUGGCAAUCUGAAUGUUCCUCGGCCAAGACUCGGGGCCAGAAUGUCAUUACUGCUGGUAUGUUCAUGUGUCUUGGAUAUGCUCUUUGCAACUGGAUCGACUUUGCAUUCACCCAUCUUCCUGAUACGAAUAACGGUCAAUGGCGAGCUCCUCUUGCCAUCUCACUACUUCCUUCGCUUAUCAUCUUGAUAUCGGUUUUCCUUCUUCCGGAGUCUCCACGUUGGCUUGUUCGUGUUCACAGAAUCGAGGAAGCGUCUGCAAACCUGGCAGCUUACAAGGGUCUCUCUGUCGACCAUGAUGCUAUCAAGUCUGAGAUUUCCGGUAUCGAGUUAUCCCUGGAAGCCACAAGCCAAUCAAAAGGUGCUAUUCGAGAGAUGUUUUCAAAAGAUGAUACUGAACGUCUAUUCUACCGUUUCUGCCUUUGUAUUGUGCUGCAGUUCUUCCAGCAGAUGUGUGGUGGAAACCUCAUUUCGGUCUACGCCUCAACAAUUUUCAAGAACAAUUUGAACAUGAGCUCCAGCCUUUCUUCUAUCUUGGCUGCAUGUGCUCUUACCUGGAAGUUUCUAUGUUGCUUUAUCUCAUUCUUCGCUAUUGAUCGACUUGGACGACGCGCGGUGUUCAUGAUAAGUGGAACGGGCAUGGCGUUCUGUAUGGCUGCUUUAGCCAUCACGACCAGCUUUGGUUCUGGUAACCAACAUGCAUCAAUAGCUUCGGCCUUCUUUAUCUUCCUUUUUAAUCUGUUCUAUCCUAUCGGAUUCUUGGGCGGCAACUUCUUGUACUGCACAGAGGUUGCGCCGGUCCGCCUGCGAGUUGCCAUGGCAUCUAUUUCCACCGCAAACCACUGGUUGUGGAACUUCGUUGUUGUCAUGGUCACCCCGGUCGCCAUUGAUACCAUUGGAUAUCGAUACUAUAUCAUGUACGCGAUUCUGUCAGCUUGCAUUCCUGUUUUGGUAUACUUCUUUUACCCAGAGACCAUGAACAGGAACCUGGAGCUGCUGAACCACGUGUUCCGUGAUGCUUCUUCUCCAUGGGAGAUUGUAUCAAUGGCACGUCAUUUGCCGCAGGGUGAGAUUACCGAGGCUGAAUUCGUUGCCCACAACAUGGAGAAGGGAGAUGGAUGCUCUGUGGAGAUGAAAGAGAAUGUUUGA